AUGGCUUUGAUCCCCACCCCGCUUCUAGACACUGAAUCCACCUUGGAUUAUGGACACAGCCUUACUCAGGCACCCUCGGAUAAGAUCUGGCGAGCCGGGAAGCUCCUCUUCAUGAAGCAGGAGUGGCAUUUCCAGGACAAGGAGACCCAGUUUUACCGCUUUGCCGAACUGGAGUUGAGCCCUGAGCCCGGCGCCGGGCUCCGGGAUGCGGAGGAGCUGCUGGAGGCAUUGGCCUUCCUGGCCCAGCUGGGUCCCGACGCGCUGCUCACCAUGGCCCUGCGCAAGCCGCCUGCCCAGCGCACAGAGGACGAGCUGGAGCUCAUAUUUGAGGAGCUCCUGCACAUCUAUGCUGUGGCUCAUCUCUCCAACUCGGUGAAGCGGGAGCUGGCGUCGGUGCUGAUGUUCGAGUCGCACCAGAGAGCAGGCACCGUGCUGUUCAGCCAAGGGGAUAAAGGCACGUCGUGGUACAUCAUCUGGAAGGGCUCGGUGAACGUGGUCACCCACGGCAAGGGUUUGGUGGCCACCCUGCAUGAGGGGUAUUUGGUGAUGGCCGGGACGCCGGAGAAGAUCCUUGAGCAUCUGCUGGAGUUCAUGAGGCUGGACGCCACGCUCUACGACCCCGUGGGUAGGUGGGCUGCUCCUUUUGCCCUAACCUACACCGUCUUCAUGCCGACCUCGCAGCUCUGCAGAGCCCUGCUACACCAUUUCCGCGCGGAGCCGCUGGAGGGCUCGGAGCAGGAGAAGGCCACCUACUCCCUACACAAGCGGCGGAAGAUCCUGCGGCUGGUGAGCCAGUGGGUGCUGCUCUACGGGCGGCUGCUGCAGGGCGACCGCAGCACCACGGCUCUGCUGCAGACCCCCCACCCCGAGCAGCUGGGACCCCACGUUGGCUCCUCAGAGACGCUGGACCUCAUCAGCUCCAAGGACCUGGCCAGCCACCUCACCGACUAUGACUGGAACCUCUUCAAGAGCAUCCACCAGGUGGAAAUGAUCCACUACAUCGUCGGGCCGCAGAAGUUUCACGACGUGACCACGGCCAACCUGGAGCGGGUCAUGCGGCGCUUCAACGAGCUGCAGUACUGGGUGGCCACGGAGCUGUGCCUCUGCCCCGAGGUGGGCAGGCGAGCCCAGCUCCUCCGCAAGUUCAUCAAGCUGGCCGCACACCUCAAGGAGCAGAAGAACCUGAAUUCCUUCUUCGCAGUGAUGUUUGGUGUGAGCAACACGGCCGUCAGCCGCCUGGCCAAGACCUGGGAGGAGGUGCCAGGGAAGCUAGAGGGGGGGGUGUCUCUGGGGGGGUUUGUGUCUCCUUCCCCAAAAGGUGGCAGGUCUCAGGGGUGCCGUGGCGGUGCUGCCCCUGUGUCCCCUGCCUGCCCUGAGGUCCCGCUCCAUCCCCAGGACCCGUCGUGGAACCACAGGGUCUAUCGUCUAGCCGUCGCCAAGCUGAGCCCCCCCAUCAUCCCCUUCGUGCCUCUCCUCCUCAAAGACAUGACCUUCAUCCACGAGGGCAAUCGCACGCUGGCCGAGAACCUCAUCAACUUUGAGAAGAUGGUGAGUGGGGCGGGUCGGCUCCCCGUGGACACCUCCCCCAGCUUUUGGGGCACCUGCUGUCCCCAUGUCCCCUGGGAUGCAGAUCCAUGGCAUUAG